AUGUCAAACGCUGAAAAGGAAUUCGUUGUAACCAUUAGAAAUGCGGAACUGGUAGAUAUACCAGAAGUGUUUCAAAUGUUAAAGGAGCUUACAGAUUCCGAAAAAUUACCCCAAAAUCUGAUAAUAGAUCAAGUAACAUUUCAAAAAGAUUACUCUGAAAAAGCUUUUAAUUGUUUAGUAGCACAAACACCCAAUGGAUCUUUUGUUGGAUAUUCUGUUUAUUGUCAAACUUAUUCGACUUGGGAAGGCAGAAUGCUUCAUCUAAGGGAUCUCUAUGUGAGACCUCAGCAAAGGGGAAGUGGAGUAGGCAAAAAAUUAUUUACCACUACCAUGGAAAAAGGGUAUGAACUUGGUUGUAAAGUUGCCUUCUUUUUUGUGAUGCAAUGGAAUCCCGCCGUCAAAUUUUACAAAGAAUUGGGUGCUGUUAAUCUAACGGAAAAUGAGAAUUAUCACAUUUUUAAGCUGAAAUCAGAUAAUUUUAACAAAAUAUGCUCCAACUAA